CAGCAAUGGCAUGCGCCGUUCGACACGGCCACAGGAUGCUAGUUUAGCAUCUUCUAAGUUAAGGCGCUAACCCUGACGUCUCUGACCUUAACGGAAAUACCGCACUGCAUAUUGCUAUAGACAAGAGCGCGGGAUCGAUCAUAUGGCUCUUGCUGGAAAAUGGCGCCGAUCCAAGCAUUCAAAACAACGAGGGGGACACGCCUCUUCAUCGCGCAGUGCUAAAUAGCAACGUUUCAGCAGCCUAGCUACUGCUUCAUAAGGGAUCAAAUCCUGCACUCCGCAACAACGGCAGCAACAUGCCUAUACAUAUCGCUACUGCUCAAAACGGCGCUUCUAUGUUGAGUAUCAUACUACAAUAUCCCCAUGACGGACAGCCUGCUACGGAAGCACUUGACAAAUACUGCUUGACGCCACUGCAUGUUGCUGCAAGAGAGGGUGCUAGAUCGACAGCGUACGAUCUUAUUGGGGCUGGAGCAGAUGUCAAUGCCGCCUCCUCAGACGGCUGGGGCCACACAGCGCUUCAUAUCGUCACCGAGCAGAAUAAGAAUGCAGAGGAGUUCAUGACUUCGAGUGAAGAAGACGAAAAAUGCGCAGCCGUAGAGAAGGCAAUCCUGCGAAUGUCCGACAAUAAAGAGGAUGGGAGAUUGGUGCUCGAAACCCUGCUGCGUGCCGGCAUUGACGUCAACAGGAGAUCAGAUCAUGACGGACGGACAGCACUUCACGUAGCCGCUUUCGUGGGAUCGACGGAGGCGAUUGAGAUGAUGUAUGCCAUUGCGGUCCCUCCUCCCUAUUCGACGAUUGAAGACGAUGAAAGGAAGACAGCGGUACAGGUCUGGAUAGAUGAGAAACAUGAGGUUGAAUGGAAGACGAUCUUUGAUGAUAUAAUGAUAGAUGGGAGACAGCAAUCAGGCUAG